GGCUUGCCGGGAAGCCCGGCAGCGUGUUUACAAAAUGGCAGCGUCCAGGAGGGCUGAAGUGCUGCGUCUCUAUCGGGCCUUGCUGCGAGAAAGCCAGGCUUUCAACGCUUACGGCUAUAGGACAUAUGCCAUCAGAAAAAUAAGAGAUGCCUUUAGAGAAAACAAAAACAUCAACGAAUCAUCAGAAAUAGAUACACUAAUCAACAAAGCAAAAACUAAUCUGGAAAUGAUACAUCGGCAGGUCACUAUUGGUCAAUUGUAUACAGCAGAGAAGCUGGUCAUUGAGUGCCCACAAAAAGCAUAAUUCGGAUGCUUUUUUUCUUCAGAAGUAAAGGCCAACUACUGAAAGUUAUCAGCACUCUACAACAGGCACAGAUUUACAUUUAAAUGCGUAUUACCAUCUGUAUAUAUGGCUGAGCUACCUUAUUCCUCCGGUUUGAAAAUAUAAGAAUAAUUGUAUAAAGUAUAGUUUUAUUAUAAUUUUAUUAUUUACGUGCCAAUAAAAUGGAUUGGUUUCAUUGUACAUGAAUGUCAUUGUUUGCUCAUACAUUUUCCUGACAAUAAAAUAUUUGCUCACUU